GAUCAUCUCAGCCUUAUUACAACCACCCAUUAAUAUAAGUUGGUGACCCGACCUCAUCAUCGAUUCCGCGUGAUAUUACUUUUUAUCUUUACAAAUUGGAUCUGGGAGCUGUCUCUUGUCGACAGCUAUUCUCUCCGAAAGCUUCUAUACUAUUCUAUUCCAAUACAAUCCAUCGCUAUCAAACGCAUCGACGACUUGCCUCAAUAUCACCACACCCCACCCCACCAUCCAUCUUGGUUCUAUCAUCAGCCUUGCAACCACCAUUUAAUAAGCCGGCCUCGCCAACGUCGCCAGUCACCACCAUAAUUUCUACGUCACACUGAGAUUUAUCUUUGCCAGAAGCUUUUUAUCGUUUUUUUCCUCAUCACCAUCUCGUCUCAUUCUCCAGAAUGGCGACAGAGACUUCAGAUCAAUCAGCAAGCAGUGAUAUCAACAUUUACAAGGAUCUCGCAUCAUAUUCGUGGGAUACCGAUAAUGAGUUCCAGGGCGGUCUAUCAGCUAUAUUGGGCAAUGCAUCUUCACCAGAUCAAAUCCGAGAAUUGACGCUUCGGGCUCAGUGUUUCUAUCUCUCUCGUAAGAAGAAGAUUGAUAUCAAUUUUGAUGGAUACAAGGCAUAUCUGGCAUCCCAUACAUCUACAUCUUCUUCUAUUGAUGUCCCUGCGCCUGAUAGCGCCACUUCAGCAAAGGACACUUUAUCUUCCAAUACUCCACAUCCCGAUCAUGAAAAUGACCUACCGCCUGCUACCACCACAGCCGAUGAAAUGGCCCCGCCACCGUAUCCUCCAUCCUUUGCUGAAAUUGUCGCUUUAAUUACAACCGGUGCUACAAUCCCAGGUAUCCGUGAUAUUCCCGAUACAGUUCUGACGGAUCAGGGUACCAAGCCAGUUGCACGAAAGCGUCGUAAGCCAUGGGAGAAAGACGUUGACGAGGAAACAAUUCAGGGUGGGGGAACAUUUGGCGACCACCGAGAUACCAUUAUCCAGCAAGAAUAUCCAACUGACGUAUAAAGAUAUUUAUUUGCAUCAUGGUCACGUUUUCUCACGAAUGCUUGACAUUUUCAGUGUUCAUGAGAAUGGCAAUAUCCAAGGACCGAUUGCUUUGAGAGAAGCCAGACAUUGAGCUGCUCUGUUCUCUACCUUUUUUCUGAUUUAUAUGAAGAACCGUGGACCUCAGGUAGUUUCAUCAAGCUAGAACCCCACCAACUGAUUUUCUAUCAUGUUGUUGAAAGCAAGUCUGUUGUACUUGUGAUUUGUUCUGUGGAUUUCUACUACUUUCGCGGGAUUUUUCUUCUAAAAUCGCUGCUCACGUUACCUUCAAAGCUUGAAAGGUUGGUCAGAUCUUCAAGUCAACACCUUUCUGCGUUCUAGUGAAUUUAAUGUCGCCAGUUGAUUUUAUCGAGUGUGAUAUGUACAACAGCGCCAAAGUUCCAUGCAAUCAUGGUAUUGAGCAGGACUUUAUAAGAAUCUGAACAAUCAUAAUAAACCCAGGAUCAGACUACCACUUUGGGUGGGAAUCCAUUGUGUAACUCUCUGGGGCUGGAGACACGACUGUGGCCAACCUUUAUCCUUCAAUUUAUAUUUUAAAUUAUUUUAACAUGGCAGCUAUAAUUAAUCUUUCAAUUACAAUGAAUUGUCUUCUUUCUCCUGAUUGUAUCUUUUGGAUCAAUACUUGGCCAUUUUGAAUGAACGGGUUAAAUGAAACGCAUGAUUAGAAGGUUAUAGAACUUGACAAAUUGAUACCCAUUUAAAUCAGCCACCAACUUCGGAUCAAUGUUCAUCAGAUGAUGUCAUCUAUUGACUUUAAAAAAAACUUUUAUUUUCUAUUAAGAACAUCUCAAAAGCUCAAAAGCUCACAUACUUUGUUGGAUCUUUGGGGGACUUCGCCUUGUAGUGCAGAUCUUUCGCAAUGUAGAUUCCCA